AUGGACCAUAUGUCUUCUUCCCAUUCUCAGCAUACCAAGUUGAAUAGCAACAAGCUUUCACUCACAUACGCAUCUUUCAUUGUCCCUUUCACCAACAACAUGAUUCCCAAAACUCUUUCUUGCUCUAUAACUGCCCUUGCAGCAUUCCUUUCCACCACCGCAGCAGCACCCCAAAACAAGGUCAAGAGCUCUGUUUCCGAGUUAAGCCUAACAGCUCAACUAGAAAUUGCAGACAGUGUGGCCGAUCAAUACCCGCUUCUCCCCAACGACGAAAGCUUUGUGUUUGACUACAACAAAAAUGGAACAGGCAUGGCAAGCAAGAAGACCUUUCCUGCACUUGUAGGCACAGGAGCCAGCAUGGCAAUCGCAGAAAUCGGGCCUUGCGGAAUGGCCUCCCUCCACAUCCAUCCCCGGGCCGCGGAGCUCUUUGUCGUCAUCUCCGGCCGAGUUCAUACUGAAAUGGUUCCAGAGGCUGGUGUGGUCAAUGCAAAUGGCACCCAGAGAGUCGUUCGCACCGAGCUGGGUCCCAAUAUGAUGACCGUGUUUCCAAAGGGUUCAUUCCACACUCAAAUGAAUCCAGACUGCAAGCCGGCACUUAUCGUCGCGUCUUUCCCAUCUGAAGAUCCAGGUGUGGGCUUGGUGGCCCCUCAGACCUUUGCUCUGAACGACGAUGCUGUUGCCGCCACUUUUGGUCAGAGUAUUGCUGGCGAAGAUAUAGAUAGAGUGAGGAAGGCCAUCCCCCAGGGUGCCAUCUUCAAGGUUGAGCAGUGUCUCAAGAAGUGUGGCAUCAAGAAGAGACAGGUGUAA